UCGUGAAUACAGGUCUGGAAACUCUAGUAGUGGGGGGUGACUCGCUUAGUGAAGUCAUUUUAUGUAGUUGACACUAUCACCACCUGGAGCGCUGGAGGUUAGAGAUUUUUUAAAUAACGCAAAUACAUAUUUAAAUUGACAUAUAACAUAUGACAUAUAACAUAUGUCAUAUAUUAUAUAUAACAUAUUACAUAUUGACAUAUUGAAUGAACGAACGUACGAAGUCCUAGAAAGUGAUUAAAUUGACAACGAAAUUAAUGAUAUUGUGUCGUGCCAAAUUGCAAUCUGUUAAAUUGCUGCAGCAGCUUUUAGCGUCAUUAGUAGAAUUAGGUUUAUAUUCAUUUGGCAAUGAAGUAGCUAGCCUUUGCUGUGAUACAAUCCAAGCCUUGACCAUGCACAUUCACAAAGAAGUUACGCAAGGACGGCGGUGCAAAGACAUAAUGGCACCCUUUGAACUUGCUGAUAAGUCUCAUUUUGUCACAUUAAAUGGAUUCAGAUCUGAUCUCGAACGCCAGUACGCCUCUUUACCAUCUUAUAUAUUGCUAUCAAGAACAAUAUCAGCAACUUGUACAGAAUAUUGUAUCCAGUCAAACGGAUCCACAAAUAGCACAAAGAUUAGCGAAUGGCAUUCACCGAGCUAACGACGGAUAUAGACUUUAGUAUGGACUUGAAUAAGUCCUCAGAGAUUGAAGUUCAAAAGUAAUUUAAAUAAAUUUGUCGUGAACAUACAAAGAUUCUUAAUGGUUAAGUAAAAUAGAAAUUAAAAUGUAAAUAAACAAAAAUAAAAUCAUUAUUUAAACAAUACACCCGUGGAUUUAAUGCUUAACGCUUGGAAUUUUUUAACAAAUUUAGUUAACGACGUAUUUGUAGAAAAAUCGAAUUAGUUCAGUUCAUUGCUUUAAUCAUAUUAAUUGUACGGUGUACGAUGAGCAUUUUUAACAUAUAGAUGUAUUUUAUUUUAUUUAUGGAUUUUAUU